AUGUCGGAGCUUCAGACGAUCGUGCACGGUGUGUUGGUGUUUCUGGUGUUUGCCCCGUUUCUGCACUGGCUCAUGAAACGAUGGCAGCUGAGCAAGAUCUACGAUGUUAUACCCGGCCCGAAGGCGUACCCGUUGGUCGGAACGAUGUACUCGUUUUUCGGCAAGAAGCAUCAUGAGAUUUUCUACGUGCUCGACGCGAGAACGCGCGCCUACCCGGACAUCCAUCGCGUCUGGACGGCGCUGGUGCCCGAGGUGCGGAUCAGCAAGGCGGAGUACGUCGAGCAGGUGAUCAGCUCCAGCAAGCACAUCGAAAAGGCCACCAUGUAUCGCUUCCUGCACGACUGGCUCGGCGAAGGCCUGCUCACCUCCAAAGGUGAGCGCUGGUUCCAGCACCGUAAGCUCAUCACGCCGACCUUCCACUUCAACAUUCUGGAUGGAUUCUGUGACGUGUUCGCGGAGAACAGCGCGGAGAUGGUGGAGCUGCUGCAGCCCCACGCCGACACCGGCAAACCGGUCAACGUGUACCCGUUCAUCGCGAAGCUAGCGCUGGACAUUAUUUGCGAAACGGCAAUGGGUGUGAAGGUGAACGCCCAGAGCGAAGGUGAGGACAACGUCUACGUCAAGGCGGUCUACGAGCUAAGCAGACUGUUCGUUGAGCGUAUGGUUCGCCCUUGGCUGCACGUGAACUUUAUCUGGAAUCGGUCACGAUUUGCGAAGCGGUACGCACACGCCCUUAGCACGGUGCACAACUACACCCGGGAGGUCAUCCGGGACCGGAAGGCAGCGCUCGAGACGAAGCAGAGCACCGGCGAGGACGGGGAAACGUUUGGCCGCAAGAAACGGUUGGCGUUCCUCGAUCUGCUGCUGGAGGGCAAUCAGGCGAGCAAACUGCUGACCGAUGAGGACGUCCGCGAAGAGGUGGACACUUUCAUGUUCGAGGGACACGACACGACGACAGCUGGCAUCAGCUGGGUGCUGUUUCUGCUCGCGCUCCAUCCGGACAUCCAGGAUCGGGUGUGGGAGGAAAUUGAGUCCAUUUUCCCGGACGGCAGCGACCGGCCGGCGACGAUGCAGGACCUGAACGAGAUGAAGCUGCUCGAGCGGUGCAUCAAGGAGUCGCUCCGGCUCUACCCGUCGGUGUCCUUCUUCGGCCGGACGCUCAGCGACGACGUUCAGCUCGGCGGGUACCACGUGCCGGCGAAGACCAUCGUCGGCAUCCACGCGUACCACGUGCACCGUGACGAAAGAUUCUAUCCCGACGCGGAGCGCUUCGAUCCGGAUCGGUUUCUGCCGGAAAACACGGAAAACCGCCACCCGUACGCGUACAUCCCGUUCAGUGCGGGACCGCGGAACUGCAUCGGCCAGAAGUUCGCCCUGCUCGAGGAGAAGAGCAUCGUGUCGGGCGUCCUGCGACGGUUCCGGCUGCGGUCGGCCCGAACACGCGAGGAGCAGACCAUCAUGCACGAGCUUAUCACUCGCCCCAAGGAUGGCAUCCUGCUGUACCUGGAGUCCCGCAAAUGA